UUAUACAAUUUAACAUGCAUUUAAACUGAAAAUUUGAUUUUAUUAGUGUUGCAUUUUACAGAUAAUUAGUUAUUUAAUGUUUCGUUGAUUAUGCAAAAAUAAAUUUGAGUAUAAAUUUUACACCAAAUUGUAGCAAAAAUACACAACAGUUAAUAAUCUCCAAACUGGUACAAAAAUUAAAUCUUUGUUAUGGAUGAAAAAUUAAAAAAUGAUAUCAAUUCAAUUAAAAAAGAUACUUCUGAGAUACCUGGAGUCAAUGUAUGCAAAAAUAAAUUUGUACAACCAUAUUAUUUGAAAGAAACAUCAAUUAUGGAUGUAUUAUGUGAUAAAAUAACUGAUUUAAAUGUUACAAACUCUGAAUCAAUUUUGUGUUAUGAACAAUUAAAUUCAUUAGCAGAUUCAAAAUUUGAAGAAAUAGUUCUUUUAAUUGUAAAUAACAACAAUUUCAAGUAUACUUUGAAUAAAUGUUUAGAUAUUAGUGUUCUAAUAUUUUUAAUGAGUAUAUUUUCUAAAAUAAUAUUAAAAUUUAAACAAAUAAAGACGAUAGUACUAGACAUGAUAUGUGACUCAACAUAUUUAGAAAAUUUGAAUAAUUCUUUUAUAGAACUUAAUAGAUCUCAAGAUACAAUAUGUAAGGUUAAAAAAUUGCAAGAAUUUUUUGAUAAUUGUAAUAUUUUAUUAAAAGCCAUUGAUAAUCGAAAAAGUAAAGCUCUUUUAAAUGAGAUAAUACAAUUCAAAACAUCUUUUUUUAUUGAAAAUAUGUCAUUUGAUGAAAAAGAACUCGAAUCAAAUUAUGAUAACUUAGAGACUGAAAAAAUUAUACAAAUAUUAAAUAGUAUUAAAAAUAACGAUUGCGUUCAUUAUAAAAUUAAAAGAUGGCCACAGUAUUAUGAAACUCUUUCUAUUUAUCCUUCAAUCUCGGAUAUAACUACAAAGAGAGUAAUUUUGAGUCAAAAUAUAUUGAAAGGACGUUAUGACAAUGUUGAACACUAUAUAGAUGUGCAGUUUCGUUUACUUCGUGAAGAUUUUAUAGCUCCAAUGCGUGAAGGUAUUCAGUGUUAUAAAGAAGUGACUAAAUUUAAUCCAGAUGUAAAGAUGAUACCUAAUAUGCAUAUUUAUUUUAACGUAAAGAUUAAAGUAAAAGAUGUAAAAAGAAAAAAAGUACAUAUAGUUAAUUUUUACACUAAAGAUGAUUGCUCAAAUGAUUCAAAAAGAUUUAUGCCUCAAUCAAUGUUAGUAUUUAGUAAUGAUAAUUUUGAUACAAUGUUUUUUGCCUUAGUCAUUAGAAUUAGCCAAACAUUUUUAUCGUCAUUAAAAACAUUAGUUAUAAAACCUUUAGAUCAUACUGUAUCAAUUAAUAUGAAAUCUUCUUAUACCAUGGCUGAAUCUGUUGCAUUCUUUUUACCUUACAUGUAUACCAUGAAUGUUUUAAAAACAUUUAAUCAUAUUAAUUUUCCUAUGAAAUCAUAUAUUGUGUUUGGAAAAACUGAACCUAAAACCCCUGCAUACUUAACAUGUAAAUCAAAAAUAUAUACUAUCAAUGGCUUACAAUUUGAUAUUUUAAAUAACAAUCUUUGGCCUGAUAACAAGUUCUUAGGAUUGGACUCAGCACAAAGUAUGGCAUUUAAAGCAGCAUUAACUAAAGAAUUUACUAUCAUUCAAGGACCACCAGGUACUGGUAAAACAUAUAUUGGUCUUAAAAUAGUAAAAAGUAUUAUUGAGAAUAUGUAUAAAACAAAUAUACUUAAAAACCCAAUUAUAGUCGUUUGCUAUACAAAUCAUGCUUUAGAUCAAUUUCUUGAAGGUUUAAUUAAUAUCACUAAAUGUGUUACAAGAAUUGGCCGUGGAUGUAAAUCUGAUAUUGUAAAAUCUCAUGUGCUUAGAAAUACUAACACUUUUUUAGCACAAAAACGUUUGAAGAAUUCAUAUGUAGUUGGUUUUACUACUACUGGAGCUUCAAUGAAGCGUUCUCUUUUGUUGAAACUAAAACCUCCCAUAGUUAUUGUAGAAGAAGCUGCUGAAGUCUUAGAAUCACAUGUAGUUGCAUCUCUAACGAAAUUUUUUCUUUUAAAGAUAGAUAUAAUUAUUUCUCAUAACUAUCAAAUUUUCAAUAAAAUUGCUAGUGAUUGGUUGUCUUCAAAAAUAAAUGCCAUAAAUGGUUGGACAUCUGAUGAUUUGCGGCAUCUUCCAUUAUUUUAUACCCAACCAGCUACAUCAUUUUUAAAAUUUUGUUCUACUCCACCCAGUGUUCAAUCACUUAUUGCUGUUGAUUCAUUUAUGCUUACUGAUAGACAAGCUUUUUAUUUGAGUGGUUGUAGUAGUAUGUUAUCUUUUCAUAAAAAUGAUCCAAAUUUCCUACUUGGUUUGAAAUAUAUGAUAAAAGCCAUUCCAGUUUCAAGCCUAUUAAAUAUUGAUACUGGAAAUAUAAGUUAUCAAGUGGCAUCUCACUUGGUUUCUUUAGUUAACAAUCACAAUUUACCGAUGGCUCUUCAUCUUUUAAAUAUUAUAAAUCCAGUUCAAAGUGUCAACUUUAUUGAAGAAAUGCUUAAAAAUAAACAUAAUAUAAUUUUUGAACAGUUAUCUCCUUUGGAUAUACCUGGCCCCAUAUUCGAUGUUCUUAAACAAUUAUAUCCAAAAUAUACUGAUAGAAUUGACAAAUUACCUAAGCAAAUGUUAAAUGUAAUAUUAGAAAGUAAUGAAUUACUUAUCAAAUGGACUGGCAAGAAAUCAAUAUUCAAUAAUGGCCUUUAUAAUGGGUAUACAUGUAAUUUCAUAAAAAAAUUAAGUAGUACAAAUUUUCUAGUCUUAAUAUCCCAAUAUAAUGCAUAUCUCAAACGAAAUGGAAAAGUGUUUCCAAAAAAUUUACAGAUUUGUGUUGCUGAAGCAUUUAUUAAUUAUCUUAAGUUGAAAGCAAAGCUUACAGCACAUUCCACCACAUCAUUAUAUUUAGAAGCAUGGGAAAUAGAAGCAUUACCAGGAUUUGUCUUAACAACUCUUUCUGUUGAUGUUAUUUUUAAUUCAAAAUUAAGAGAUAAUAUCUUGCAUGCUAUUGGAAAAUUAAGUAUUCCUGAACUUAUGAUUGCAUCUCAACCUGAAAAAUUAUCAUUAAUGGUUGAAAAGUAUAUCGCUUGUAUUCAAAAAAAUAUAUCCAGUUUAAGUUAUGAACAGUUAUAUAUACUUGGAAAUUUAACUCAUUUUAUUCCUCUGACAUAUUUAAGUUUAGUGGAUGGACAAGCAUUCAAAUUCAUGGUAGAAGCUGGUUUAUUUGAUAGGAGACUUUGUGUUGAUUCAAUAUCUAGAGAAAAAUGGGCUGAUCUAAUAAUCAAAGCUUUUGGAAAUAUUGAAUACUGGUCAAGUGAUACUUUGAUAACAUUGUCUGAUCUUCUUAUUGUAUUUGAUUACGAUCAAUUAAAUUCUGUGCCAAAAAUGUCCCGCUUAGAUUCUGCUGAUAUUAUACAGACUCGUUAUGCUGAUGAAAUUGAAUGGAUAUCAAACAAUGUUCCAUUUUACAAGGGUUGUGUGUUAAUUUUGGGUGACCAGUAUGUGAAUUUUAUUAAUUCAUUAUCAAAUCUAAUUAAUUUCUACUUGAUCUCAAUGCAAAAUCAAUUACAAAUGAUUAGUCCGAUAAAUGAUAAUCAUCGGCAUGAAGAAAUUAUCAAGUCAUCAGAAGCUAAAGCAAAAAUUGCUAAACCAACUGUUUUAAUCCCAAUUCCGGAUUUAGAUAAUGUUGGUAAAUUAUCAACAACAAGCAAUUUGUUAAAAACAUUUUUUUCGGGAAAAGAGAAUAAAAAUAAAACUGAAAAUACUGAGUCUGCCUCUUUACUUACUGUUAUUUCCAAACAAUCGGAAGACAUUGAACACAAUUCAUCAGUAAUUAGAAACAAGAUUAAUGAUACUGUUAAAAAUUAUGAAUAUAAUAUAGCUUUGAAUAAAUCACUUUCAUUAGAAACCAUUCAGACAUCUAAUUUAAUGAGGGGACAUAAAAUAUCCAAAAUAAAUGUUUCUGAUAGAAAAAAAAGGUCAUUUGAAAUAUUUUUCAAUUAUAAUGUGCAAAUUGGCUGUGAAGCAUUAAAAAUGCUAGGACCUUUAUCAGUUGCUUCCAUGGACUUAGGUAUGAUUAUACACUCUAUGAGCGACAAGGAACUGGAGGAUUGUGUAGAUCUGUUAGGGUCAUUUAAUAUCAACACUGAAUUAGCCAGAUACAUUUGGUCAAAAACAAAAGAUAAGGCUGCUUUACACACAUAUGGCUCUGUAUUGUCUGGAUUGUCAAUUGAUGACAUAAAAACAAUAAAUUUAGACAUAACCAGCCCUUGGUCAUUGGAACUGAUUAAUUUACUUUCCAAAUAUGUUAAAACUAACGAUAUUCGUAAAGAAAUUAUAAAACAAUUCAUGACAAAAUCAAAAGCAAAUAUUCCAUCACAUUUGUGGGCAGCAUUUGGUUCAUUGUUAUGUCAGUUACAACCACGUACUUUUAAAAUAAUUAUGCCAAAUAAAGAAUUGUUCUGGAAGACAAGUUCAGCUUUCAAUGACAUUAAAACUUGUGACAUGCCUUGUAUAAAAAAUCUUGCAUCAAUUGCAGUUUCUGUCAUCGGACAGUCUAGUUCAUGGAAGACGGUUGAAGUGGAGCGCAUGGGAAUCAUUCUUUCUGGAAUUAACAUCACUCAAUGGCAGCUAUUAUUAGACUUAAAUCCAGAAGCAUUAGAAGGUCUUUCUCCAAGUACCAUUAAAUGUCUUAAUAAAGAACAAAUUAAGCUAUUAAAUGAUUCCCAUGUCAAACAUUUAACACCGAAGUCUGCUCAAACACUCUUGGAAAUUCAUUCUAAAUUAAUAGAUAUUCAAAUUAAAGAAAUACUUUUAAAAAUAUUAACCUUUGAAAUUGAAGUUGAUGUACAAACUGUACCUGUAUUUGAUGAAGAAUCAACCUCUGUAUCUGAUUGGCAACUAAUACCUGCAGUUGUGAUACCAAAGACUGAUGCUGGACAUAAAUAUUUAGAAUACAAUAAUACACAAGCUGCCAGUAUUUAUGCUUUUGAAAGUUCAAACCGUAUCCCUUCUCAUGAAAUGCAAGCAGAUUCAUCUCAUGCAAUGCAAGAAGAUUCUCCUGAAAUGCAAGCUGAUUCUAAGGCUUCAACAAACCAAAUAUUAUUAUUUUCAAUCUUGAAUUCUGUUUUAUUAUUUGUUCUUAAGUAAUACUAUAAUUAUUAUUUUUUGUAUUUAUACUAAUUAUUGAUCUUAUUUCUUGUUUGGAUACCUUUUACUUUUUUGUUGUAUUUAAUUAAUUUUUUAUAGUCCUAUAUAUUUUUAAAUUUUUUAUUUUUAUAGUUUU